AUGAUGGAGAUCGAGGCCAACAUGAACGUCCCCCAACACCGGCAGCGGCUCGUGCACGAGGCCAGGGUGAUGCAGUUUGACGAGCCGCUACGGACCUACAACGUGCGAGAGGGCAGCACCGUCUUUUUGCUGCUCAGCUCGGCUUGGGUUCCCCCCAGGCUCGCCGCCCUGACGCAGGGGCAUAGACAUCGUGUGGCAAAGCGAGCCGACAUCGGAAGGGGUAGAAUGGAAAGCGUAUUAGAGGUGGCCUUUGCUGGUGACGGGUUCCGGGGGCGCGGUGGUCCUCGGUCGAGUAUCUGCUCCCUCGGCCGGCCCCCCCCCCUUGCCAAGGCCAAACGUCACCAGCUUGAGAUGAAGUCCCCCAGCCACCCGCAGCGUUUUUAAGUGUCUGUACGCCCCGUAUGUACGCAGGUAGCUGGAAACUAGACAAAAUCCAUGGGAUUUCGGAUGAUGUAGUCG